CAGAAGGACGUGUUUGCUUGGAUCGGAACAGGGACGCCGACAAAAUUUGAAUUUGGAAUCAAUUUAUCCAAAAUGGUGUACAGUAAUAACUUCAGUGAUUACGGCAGUGGAAAUACUUCGAAUGAUUCCUCAAUGUCGUUCGGUGGCCAGGACAGGUGGCCCGGCCAGGAGUACCAGGAUCAAACAGCAUCCAGGCAGAAGAAACGGGCAUCUAGCUACGUGGAUUUGGUGAUGGGGCGCUGCAGCAUCGAGGACGUGAUGCAGGAGUUCCGCAUGAACGGCUCCGACUCGCCCUACUCACCCGACGAUGACAGGCCUUGGACUCAUCGUGCAGAAGAGCUGAUAGGCAUGGGCCCAUCGAGCGCGUACCUCCGCCAGAAGUCGUGGCCGGAGCCCGAGCGCUCGCCCGCCGUCAGGCUGCCGCGGCCCGCCGAGCACUGGCCCGCGGAACUCGCCUCCACGCCGCUCGAGCAAGAGCUACCACCAAUCUCGCCGGCUGCCGAGACAAUAACUCCCGAGCAGAUCCGCGUCCUCUCAUCGCUCCCAAACAACGUACUGUACUCGCUUCUACGCGGGCUCGAACAGCGCCGUGACCGUGACGACGCGCGCGCCAAACCCAAGAGGCACAACGAAGAAUGUCGUUUCUGCAAGAACAACGGCGAGCGCGAGUCGUACUACCGCUCGCACGCGCUCAAGGACGCGCGCGGGCGCGUGGCGUGCCCCGUGCUGCGCGCCUUCGUCUGCAAGCGCUGCGGCGCCAGCGGCGACCACGCGCACACCAUCAAGUACUGCCCGCUCAGCACCAACGAAGAACGCAUAAAGUCUGCGGCGAUGAUGCGCAGCGUGCGGCUGGCGUCGGGCCGCCGCCGCGCGCCCGCGCCGCCCGCGCCGCGCGCCGACUACGUCAUCUACGGAGAGAACGAACCUUACGCCAUACAGGACUCGAACCUGUACUCGCAGUACGGAGACGCCGCACCACUGGACCCCAAGUGGGCCGCGUUGGAGCAGAAGCUGCUGCUAUAAGCUCGCCGCCAGGGUUUCUACAGGACUUCAGGAAUCAGGUAUAAAGUGCAGGGACUCUGGAUAAUCUAUUAGCCUGAUGCUUUUUAUUAAGUGUUUUGAUUAAUAGAUGGAUUCAUGUCUUUCAAUCUUUAUUAACUUUUUCUCUUAUGAUAUAAUACCUACAUUAUGUUAUAAAUUUUCAUAUUAAUUGCAAUAACUUCAUAAAAUAACUUUGUUCGCCUUUAAUAAAAAAUACAUUAUGGUUGUAAGUUAAAUGGCACAUGAGGAAAUUUCCUAUUAAAAAUUGAAGUAAGAAAAUAAAUGGCACAUGAGGGAAUUCACAUCCUUUAAAAGUACCACUGUAAAAUUAAAAUUGAUUAAAAUCUCACUGAAAAGACUUAACCAUAAAAUAUUUUUUAUUAAAGGAGAUUAUAAAGGCACUUGAUGAUGCAGUGUGCUAAAGCUUGAUAGAAUGUGAGUCGACAGUAGAAGGCGCUGUAGUCAUUUUUUGUUAAAAUCUAAUUAUCUUUAAAAUAAUAAGUUAAUUUUUUAGAAUCUUAGAAGAAAAUUCUCCUGUAGAAACCCUACAUUGAUAAUUUUCAAUCAUUGGUAACUGUUGAUUGUUGUUACCACUAGAUGGCGCUAAAUCAGUAUUUUUCUACAAGUGGGAAUCUCAAUUUUGUAUUUAUGUAUUUCUACAACAUGAGUGUAGAAUUAAAUCUUAUUAAUUAUUAUUGUUAAGUAUUGACACGUCAUUUAUUAUUGUUGACAAAGAUAAAGAAUCGUGUUAUAAGAGUAUAUUUUUACAUAUUCACUAUUUUUAUUACUAGCAAGAAUCGGCAAGUAUAAUCUAAUUUUCUAGCAAAAUAUUUGCUAAAAUUAUUGUUGAUUAGUUUUAAAUGUAAGACUUAUAAGUUUUGAUAUCAAUUUAACUAGAUUAUAAGAUUAAGCAGACUUAUUAUUGUUCAAUUAUACAGCGAACUAGUAAACGAAUUAUUGUAUUGUGUCAAAUAUAAUGUAACAAUCGAAUAACACCGUUUUAAUAUAAAUUGGUGACAGCGGUUUUAUCAUCAAUCAAUAUGAAAUAUAUUCAUCUUUUUAUAAACGUAACGCAAUAGAAUUUAAAACAUCUGAUAUUAACAAUGUUUAUGCAUUGUGAAUUCCCAUGUUUUGAAUGAAAUAAAAUCAAAAUAAAUUCAAAGAAUCCUCAUGUAUUAACUGCGGUCUCUUUCAAUAGAUGGCGCUACGAGUCUCAGUAAAAUGAGUUCAUAAUGUGAAAUUUUGAACUAAUUUUCAAGAGCUAUUUUAAUGCAAUAAAAUAUAGUUUUUCAAAAUUAAUUUCCGCAUGUCACUAUAAUAAUUUUCAAUAGAAUUAUCCAUCAAGUUUUACUUAUUUCAUUACCUACCUACCCGUGGGUAGAAAACAAAAUUAAGAAUUAUUGCCAUUUGGAACGCAUAAAUUAGUCUGCACUAGGUAUUAUUGCUAACUUGGACAUAUUUUGUUGAUUAUUGUUGUUGAGAAUCAGAUGUUUAUGUGAUUGUUUUGUUUUCACUGUUCUAUGAUGUGACUUAAAAUACGGUGAUGGUGUCUUUUGGGUUCAAUAAAAAUCAAUGA